UUUAAUAGUAAUCAAACAGUGACCACAUUGAAGGGUCUGGGCGGCGGCCAUCUUGACUGUCCCCAUCACCACCGACAAGCCUCAGCAGGAAGUGCGCGAUCUAUCUCCUGUAAUUCUAGGGUCAACUCAAACUAGCCUGAAAGAGCGGCUCGAGAAAGGUUGUAUCGCAGCAGUAGGAUGGACUCAGACAUUUUGAACAUAGAGGAGAUAGUGAUGGGAAGAGGGUUGCCAGAUCCGCCACCAGAAGCUCCCCCUCAAAAGCCAACAGAGCCAUACAAACCCAGCAUUCAGAAUGGACCUCCUGCUCCCUCCAUCCAGCCCUACCAGCAUGAGAACCUGCAGUGCUUCCAGUGCUUCAUUACCUUCUGCAAUGCCAAAGCAAAGGAGAGACACAUGAAGAAGAGUCACAGGGAGGAAUACAAACAGCAGCUUCAGCAGGGCAACACGCUGUUUACGUGCUACGUGUGUGACCGCACCUUUCAUUCGUCUGAGGAACUAACGCAGCAUCAGCCGACGCACAGCAAUGAUGACAAGCCUUUUAAAUGUGCUUACUGCAAGGAGAGCUUCAAAACGUUCUCUGAGGUCACGACUCACAGAAGACAGAUGUGUCGAGAGAAACUGCUGUUCUGUAAAGAUUGUGGCCAAGGCUUUCGUAGUCCUGGACUCCUGCGUGCCCACCGCCUGACCCAGCAUCCGCGCCCAGAUGAGAGUGCAGAACAUCCAGAGGAUCCAUCAAAACCACAUCGCUGUAAGAAGUGCGGACAGGGAUUUGAAGCCGAGUCGGAGCUGCAGGCACACCAGGAAAAGUACCCCGAAGGCCAACAGUGCAACGGCAGUGCUUCCCCCAUCAAGAAACGGGGCCGCCCCGCCAAAGCUGAAGACCCAGCGGGUUCUGAGAAAAAGGGAAAGCGGAAAAAGAAGGAAGAAGACGAAGUUUCAGAAGCAGCAACGAAGGCAGGCGGCACAGCUGAGGCUGCAGCGGGAGAAGACAAAGGAAAAGCAGGCGGCGCGAAGCGUGGCCGUCCUUCUAAAGCAGCAGCGUCGGAAGCAGAAGAUAAAAAAGGUUCAGAGGAUGACGGUCAGGAUGCAGCAAAGGAGAAGAAACCAAAAGAAGAACCGGUCCUUCAGAUCCCCUGUACAGAUUGUGACCUCACGUUCCCCGGCUUGAGUCAGCUCCGUGCGCACAAGAAGGAGAAACACACCCCACGGAAAGCCCAUCCUUGUGAAGAAUGUGAAGAGAGCUUUGCCCGUCCUGAACAGCUGGAAGCCCACAUGUCGCGGGCUCACGCCGUCGGCCGUUUAGCCUGUCCCACCUGCGGGAAGAGCUUCAGCCGGAUGCGCUCCUUGCAGGCUCACCAGAAAAUCCACCUGGACGAGAUGCCUGAAAAGUCAGGCGCCAAUAGAUAAUUUAGGCGGGCUGUACCCUGUGGGAAAUGUGGUUUUUCAGUCAAUUAGUCCUGAAUUUUUCCCUUUCUUUUAAAUUUGGGCAACAUCAGUUUCAAGAUGAUGUUUUAAAUGAACUAGUAGCGGUUUGCAGCAUCAGGUUUUAGUCGGUUAUUAUUUUUAGCUGAGUUUGUUCAGGAGCUGCUCAAUUAUGACACAUCUCAUAAGUUGACUAACCAGGUUUUAAGCAUCUGUUGCCCUGUUUGUCAUUAAAACAGUUCAGUUGUAUUAAAAAAAAAAAAAGUUUUAUCCACUUUUUGAAUGAUUUUUAUUUUAGUUUAAAGUGUGUUCUUUGAAUUUAUUUGGUAUUUUCAUUUGAUUUACUCACUUUGUGAGAGUUUUGGUUUGUAAUAUUUCUUUUUUUUUAUUCUUGAUGCCCUCCCCAACAGAUAUAAAUACAUACUUUAAAUAAUUAAUUAGAUGCCUUGUAGAGAUAAUGUCUGAACAUCUGACGGAUUGUAAUGUGUUAUGUACAGUUUCCAUUUUAAUUUUGACUCUUCCGUUUCACCAGGAAGGAAUGGUAGACAAACCCUCCAGAUCUAAUCCGGAGGGUUUGCAGGCAGAAAAUAUCCUUUGUAAUCCAGAUUUUUUCUUUUACUGAAAAUUUCUACAUUGUUUUUUUUAACUUCUUAAGUAAUAUUUCUUGUCUUAAAAGUGCUAGAUUCCCUUAAGAAACUGUGUAUAUCAUGUUAUUCACUUGGUGUCUCCUCACUGUGUCUGGACACUGCAGAAAUAUAAUAAACAGGCUGUCCCAAAGGGAAGCCACCAAUGAAACGCUUA